AUGGCGGUGGCCGUGAGGUCCGACGGGGCCCGCGUGGUGGUGGGGGCCUAUCGUGACGACGACCAGGGCCAAAAUUCUGGCUCCGUGCACGUGUUCGACGGUACCACCGGCGAGAGGUUGCUCAAGCUUGUGGCGAGUGAUGGGGCCGCAGACGACUUUUUCGGAAUGGCGGUGGCCGUGAGCUCCGACGGGGCCCGCGUGGUGGUGGGGGCCUACUAUGACGACGACCAGGGCGGCGAUUCUGGCUCCGUGUACGUGUUCGACGGUACCACCGGCGAGAGGCUGCUCAAGCUCUUGGCGAGUGAUGGGGCCACAUACGACUAUUUCGGAGUGGCGGUGGCCGUGAGCUCCGACGGGGCCCGCGUGGUGGUGGGGGCCUACUAUGACGACGACCAGGGCCAAAAUUCUGGCUCCGUGCACGUGUUCGACGGUACCACCGGGCCAAAAUUCUGGCUCCGUGCACGUGUUCGACGGUACCACCGGCGAGAGGCUGCUCAAGCUUGUGGCGAGUGA